AUGCUUUUCCUUCAUUUCCUUAAAAUUCCCGACUUUUUUUGUCGUUGCAGCCAUGAAAACGACAACUGGAAAAAGCAUAUUGUGGUGCCACCCAAAGAUACUCGGCCACAGACAGAGGAUGUCACUGCUACAAAAGGAAAUGAGUUUGAAGAUUACUUUCUUAAAAGAGAACUGUUAAUGGGCAUUUUUGAAGCUGGUUUUGAACGCCCCUCACCUAUCCAAGAAGAAGCGAUUCCAAUUGCGCUCACAGGUCGAGAUAUUCUGGCAAGAGCAAAAAACGGUACCGGAAAGACGGCGGCGUUUGUCAUUCCUACAUUAGAGAAAAUCAACAACAAGAAAUCCAAAAUUCAAGCCUUGUUGCUCGUCCCCACACGUGAGUUGGCGUUGCAAACGUCACAAGUAUGCAAAACUCUUGGAAAACAUCUCGGCAUACAGGUCAUGGUCACCACAGGCGGCACUACACUCAAAGAUGAUAUUCUGCGACUUGGCGAACCUGUGCACGUCGUGGUGGGUACGCCCGGCCGAAUUCUUGAUCUCGCUUCCAAGGGCGUUGCGGACUUCAGCGAAGCCACCACGUUUGUCAUGGAUGAAGCGGACAAACUGUUAUCGCCCGAAUUCACUCCCGUCAUCGAUCAACUCAUUUCCUUUUUCCCCAAAGACAGACAAAUCAUGUUAUUCAGUGCUACUUUCCCCAUGAUCGUCAAAAACUUUAAAGAAAAGCAUCUCGUGAAGCCAUACGAGAUCAAUCUGAUGGAUGAACUGACCUUGCGUGGUGUGACACAGUACUAUGCCUAUGUCGAAGAGAGACAAAAGGUGCACUGUUUAAAUACGUUAUUUUCCAAGUUGCAAAUCAAUCAAUCGAUUAUCUUUUGUAAUUCUACGAAUCGCGUAGAGUUGUUAGCGAAAAAGAUUACCGAGCUGGGAUACUCGUGUUUCUAUUCGCAUGCUAAAAUGCUGCAGAGUCACCGUAACCGCGUUUUCCAUGAUUUCAGAAAUGGUGUCUGUCGUAACUUGGUCUGCUCAGAUCUUUUAACGCGUGGUAUCGAUAUCCAAGCUGUCAACGUGGUGGUGAACUUCGAUUUCCCCAAAAACGCAGAAACCUAUCUCCACCGUAUCGGCCGUUCAGGCCGCUUUGGUCACCUAGGUCUUGCCAUCAAUUUGAUUACUUACGAAGAUCGAUUCAAUCUCUACAAGAUCGAACGUGAAUUGGGCACUGAAAUUCAACCUAUUCCUCCCGUGAUUGACAAGCAUCUGUAUGUGGCUCCUAGCGCUUUGGAGGAUGCCCAAGUGCAACAGCCUAAUCGGGAAGCCGCACAAGCUACCCGUCAGCACCAACAACGUCGCGAACAGCAACCGCAACAACAAGUGCAGCAGAUCUCAAUGCAGCAGAGAUAUCCGCAACAACAAGGAUAUUACGGCCAACAGCGUAAUGAUAUGAAUGGUCAAGGCAUGCGCGGUGGAUACAAUGGCUACGGUCGACGCAACAUGCAGCAUAUGCCAGGAAGAGGCAAACCCAGGCCCAAGCCUCAGAUGUAA